CAGAUACUUCUCGCCACUGCAUAAAUGGACAUUUGAAAGUUCCUUAGUCAAAUACUUGCAAGCAUGGAGACCUCCUCAAUGCUUUCCUCAUUGAACGAUGAGUGUAAAUCUGACAACUACAUUGAGCCUCACUACAAGGAAUGGUAUCGAGUAGCCAUUGAUACUCUGAUUGAACAUGGGUUGGAAGCGUACCAAGAAUUUCUUGCCAAGGAACGAGUUUCAGACUUUCUCUCUGAGGAUGAAAUUAAUUAUAUUUUGAAAAAUGUCCAGAAAGUUGCCCAAAAUACAGCACAUGGCACGGAUAAUUCCUGUGAUGAUACCUCAUCUUCAGGGACUUACUGGCCAAUUGAGUCUGAUGUGGAGGCCCCAAAUCUUGACUUAGGCUGGCCAUAUGUGAUGCCUGGACUCUUAGGGAGUACCCAUAUUGACCUCCUGUUUCAUCCUCCAAGAGCACACCUGCUUACAAUAAAGGAAACUAUUCGGAAGAUGAUAAAAGAAGCAAGAAAGGUUAUUGCUUUAGUGAUGGAUAUGUUUACAGAUGUAGAUAUUUUCAAGGAAAUAGUUGAGGCAUCAGCUCGAGGGAUAUCUGUAUACAUUCUGCUUGAUGAGUCCAAUUUUAAUCAUUUUCUAAAUAUGACUGAGAAACAAAAUUGUCAAGUUCAACGCCUCAGGAAUAUUCGAGUGCGGACAGUAAAAGGUCAAGAUUAUCUUUCAAAAACGGGGGCAAAAUUUCAUGGAAAAAUGGAACAGAAAUUUUUGUUAGUUGACUGCCAGAAAGUGAUGUACGGUUCUUACAGUUAUAUGUGGUCAUUUGAGAAAACUCACCUCAGCAUGGUUCAGAUAAUCACAGGACAACUUGUUGAGUCCUUUGAUGAAGAAUUUAGAACACUCUAUGCUAGAUCCUGCAUUCCCAGUUCAUAUGCUCAAGAAGAAUCAUCAAGGGUGAAGCAUGGCAAAGCACUCUGGGAAAAUGGCACUUACCAGUGUUCAGUUUCUUCAUUAGCCUCUGUUUCCAGCCAAAGAAAUCUUUUUGGUAGACAAGACAAAAUUCAUCAACUAGAUUCUGGUUACUUCAAAAACAGAGGGAUAUAUACGCGGAAUGAACAUGACAAAUAUAACAUAAGACAUCAUGGAUACAAACCCCAUUUUGUUCCAAACUUUAAUGGUCCAAAUACAAUACGUCAGUUUCAACCCACUCAGCUAAAUGAAAAUUGGAAAAGGCACAGUUAUGCUGGGGAGCAGCCAGAGACGACGCCAUACCUGCUGCUUAAUAGGGCUCUGAAUAGAACCAGUAAUCUGCCUGGUAAUUGGAAAAGACCUUCAGAUAGUCUCAGUGUGACAUCCUCAUCACGUGGAGGCUAUGCACACCCCCAAAACACACCUGCCCAGAGCUUUGCUGACCGGCUUGCCCAGAGAAAAACAACAAACCUUGCAGACAGGAAUUCAACUGUGCGGAGGUCUUUUAAUGGGACAGAUAAUCAUAUUCGCUUUUUGCAACAACGAAUGCCAACUCUUGAGCAUACCACAAAGUCAUUCCUACGUAACUGGAGAAUUGAAUCCUACUUAAAUGAUCAUUCAGAAGCUACACCUGACUCAAAUGGAUCAGCUUUAGGUGACCGAUUUGAGGGCUAUGAUACUCCUGAGAAUUCGAAAGCCAAUGCCCUUUAUACUCAUUCUCGGCUUCGUUCUUCUUUUGUAUUUAAACCAACUUUACCCGAACAACAGGAAGUUAACAGUAAUACAACCGGCUCCUCAAAUUCAACUAUCAUUGGUUCUCAGGGAAGUGACACACCUAAAAAGGUCCCAGAAACCCCUACCAAUGUACAACAUUUGACAGACAAACCCUUGCCAGAAUCAACCCCCAACCUCCCAUCACAGUCAGAGGCACCAAAGAUGCACAAUCUACAGGUUCCUGAAAACCACUCACCAGUUGUAAACCAAACUACAAAUGGCCAUAAAGAAUCAAGUAACUAUAUAUAUACAACCUUGUGUGUCAAUAAGCAGACAGAAAAUCCAAAGAACCAACAAAACGAGAAUCUACUUAAGAGGCGAAGUUUCCCAUACUUUGACCACUCAAAAUCCAAUUUAGAUCAUGGAAAUAGUAAGCACUAUGUAUACAGUACACUUACCAGGAAUCGAGUUAGGCAACCAGAAAAACCCAAGGAGGAUUUGCUGAAAAGUUCUAAAAGCAUGCACAAUGUGACCCAUAACAUGGAGGAAGAGGAGGAAGACGUUAUUAAGAGAAAUCCUCCAGGUGGCCCGACUACCAAAUCAGUUUCCGUUGCUGCUCUCCUUGAUGUGAAUAAAGAGGAACCCAACAAAGAACUCACUUUGAAGAAGGAAGUUAAGGGUUCCCCAAGUUUUUUGAAAAAGGGAUCUCAGAAGUUAAGGUCAUUGCUUAGCCUUACCCCAGAAAAGAAAGAAAAUCUAUCCAAAAAUAAAGCACCUGUCUUUUAUAGAAUGUGUAGUAGCUCUGACACAUUAGCUUCUGAGGGUGAAGAAAAUCAGAAACCAAAAAAAUCGGAACCAAAAGUUGACUCAUCUCCUAGGAGAAAGCGUUCUUCCUCAUCAAACUCUCAAGGCAGCAUCCACAAGAGUAAGGAAGAUGUAACAGUUAGCUCAUCUCAGGGGAUAAAUUUUCCAUCAGGUGAAUGUAAUAAAAUACCUUCUCCAGGUCCAGAUGAAAACAAGUUCUUGGACAGGGCAGGAAAUGCUUCUGCCCCAAGAUUUAACACCGAACAGAUCCAAUACCGAGAUUCAAAGGAAAUGAAUGCAGCUGUUAUUCCUGAAAGAAGGUCAACUUCUUCUCCAAGGCCAACGUCCAAUGAGAUUCUAAGAUCUCAUUCAAUUGACCGGCGUGUUUACAGUCGUUUUGAGCCAUUUUGUAAGAUUGAGAAUACUAUUCAGCCAACAAGCAACACACCAAAUACUAGUCUAAAUCGCCCUGAAAUAAAAUCCCCAACUAUGGGCAAUAGUUAUGGCAGGUCUAGUCCAAGGCUUAAUUACAACACUGGUGUGUAUCACUCAUAUCAACCCAAUGAAAACAAGUUUCGAGGAUUUAUGCAAAAGUUUGGAAAUUUUAUACACAAAAAUAAAUAAAAUACUAUAUUUUCAAAUGGCUAUUAAAAUUCAAAAUGAACGAGGCUAUAAAUAUUUAUCCAAAAAACACUGUGGGCAGUUUUUGUGACAUGCCA